UGGGAGGGCCCUUGCUAAGGGGUGGGCUCGGGAUUUUUAGAUGCCUGGCACGGAGUUGGCCAGACAAAUGGCAAUGACGCGAUGGUACUCUGUGGCCCUGUGGCCUUUGCACACCUCUGAGAAAUUCCCGCCGUCUGGGAGGUGGGACCGGAUGGAUAGGAGAUGGCAGAAGUUCCUGGAUGUGUCAUGAUGCAAAACAUGUUUGGACUUGGAGGAUGAGCCCGAUGUGGGCAGAAUUCCAGUGAUCUGGACAGCACUGUGAAGGAGCCACAAGCAGCCUCCAGAGCACUGAGAUGGCACCAAAGACCAAAAAGGGAUUGAAAGGCUCCAUAGAUGAUGUCCUUGGUGGCCUCCUGGGGGAUGAGAUGACACCACCUGACAAACCUGUUGAAUUAGCUUCACAUGCCAGAGACGCAGCAGGUGUAGGUCGGGCGCUGCCUUCCUCAAGGGCUGGAACAAAGUCCCUCCUGGAAGAUGAUGCCUUCAGCACUAUGGCAGGCCCUGCAGGAGCUGACGCUGAGGUUUCAGACAUCUCCGAUGCAGACCCGCAGGCCUUGCUCCAGGCCAUGAAGGAUCUGGACGACAUGGAUGCCGAUCUCUUAGGUCUGAAGAAGUCUAAUCUAGCCUCUAGCAAAAGACCUGCAAAGCUUUCGGGGAAAGAAGAGCUGCCUAGUGAUCCCAAACCUGCUGGCAUAAUACUAGCCAAAGAGAAAGGGGACGCCAUUCCCACCAAGAAGCCACCUCCCUCUCCCCGCAGCUUUGGCCAUCCGUACAGGAAGUUUUCCUUUGAAGACUUGGAAGACCCAUUGGCAGGGCUUCUUUCCGAUGAUGAGGGAGGAAGCGCCAAGAAGCCGCCUAGGACAGACAGUAAAAUAGCUUCCGAAAAGAGCCCAGCCCCAGUCAGAGAUCAAGGUCCCUCUAUUCCUCUAACUCCUGGGGACACCCCCAUCCGACAGAAAGACGAAUUGCUGUUUGACGAUGGGGAUGACCUCAUAGCCACACUGGGGUUUGGAGACAGCCCCAAAGCAGAGAGGAAGCCGACGGGAGACCAGGAAGGGCCCCGCCCCGCUCGCUCCAAGCUGGAUGAGCUGCUGGGUCGAGACACUGCCACCAAACUCCUGGCCUGCCCGGGCAGCGGGGAGCACAGAGAGUUCAAGCUGGACAAGAAGUACCAGAGGCCUCAGGACAAAGAAGAUCCCUGGGGUGACGAGGACUUCACCUUUGGGGCCUAUCAGCCCACCCUGGGCUCCUCUGAGGGCCGGCAGUCCCGCCGGCAGUCAGUCAGUAGGUUCUUAGAAGAAGGUGGCACAGACCCCAAGGGAGAACCAGGCUCCAAACAGAGCCCCCCAGCAGCGUCCAGCCCCACCCACACCAGGAAGGGAGGAGCUGACUGGUUGGGCCUCAAGGACGACGACGACUUGGACCUGCUCCCUCCCUCUCCCACCAGAGAGGCUCAACGGGGAGGCUCAGCACUGUCUACACCCUCAGUACCCGCCCCUGCGAACCAGUAUCCUGCCCCAGGCCGGCACUCUGCCCCAGCCGGGCUGCCCUCCUCCUCGCCGGCAAAGCUGCCAACUAAGGGUGCAGGUUCCCCUGCCAAAGCCAGCCAGCCUUCCCAGCUGGGAGCCUCUGAACAGAAAGAGGAGGAAGAUUGGCUGAGCCAUGCCUUGUCUCGGAAGAAGUCCCAAGGUCUGGCCAGAGAGGAGCGCACUGUGGCCUCUAAGGGCCAGAACUUGGAGGCAGCAGGCCACCCCCCUUCUAGAAGCCAACCUGUUGCCAGCAAUCCAGGGCUCGAGCAAGCAGCUGCUGGAGGGACCUCAGGAACAGCAGCAGAAAAGCCACCUGCCAGGCCUGCGGCCAUGGGGUCCCCUGUGACUUGGAACCAGGCCAACUUGGCCCUCCGUGCAGGUGACCCAAAGAGGGCAACAGCCCCUGGAGACCUCUCCGGCACUGAGCCUGCUGUUGGUUUCCCAAGCUCCCAGGAACCUGCGGGGCUUUCUGUGCCCAUCCAGUCCCUGCUCCCAGAGUCACUGGCACGGAGCCUCAUGCCGGGCACAGAAUACCAGAAGCAGCUCCUGGCUGCCCAGGCCCAGCUUCAGAGUGGCACUGCUGAGCUCCAGGCUGAGCUGCUGCAGAGUCAGACCCGGCUGGCAGAGCUGGAGGCCCAGGUGCGGAAGCUGGAGCUAGAGCGAACCCAGCACAGGCUGCUGCUGGAGAGUUUGCAGCAGCGACACCAGGCAGACCUGGAGCUCAUCGAGAGUGCUCACAGAAGCCGCGUCAAGGUGCUAGAAACAUCAUACCAACAACGGGAAGAGCGGCUGCGGAGAGAGAACGAGGAGCUGUCUGCCCAGUAUCUGUCGCACUGCCAGGAAGCCGAGCAGGCCCAGGCCGAGCUCACAGCCCAGCACCAGCGGCGCUUGGCGGCCGCCGCGCAGGAGAAGGACCAGGAGAUGGAACGACUCCGGGAGCUGCAGCGGGCCUCCAUCCUGGAGAUGCGCAAGGACCACGAGGAGCAGCUGCGGCGGCUGAAGCUGCUGAAGGACCGGGAGAUCGACGCCGUCACCAGUGCCACCUCCCACACACGGUCCCUGAAUGGUAUCAUCGAGCAGAUGGAGAAGUUCUCCAGCAGCCUGACUGAGCUGUCCUCCCGCGUGGAGGCCUCGCACCUCACCACCACCCAGGAGCGGGAGCUGGGGAUCCGGCAGCGGGACGAGCAGCUCCGAGCACUGCAGGAGAGGCUGGGCCGGCAGCAGCGGGACAUGGAGGAAGAGCGGAGCCGGCUCCACGAGGUCAUCGGGAAAAUGGAGGCACGCCUGAACGAGCAGAGCCGGCUGCUGGAGCAGGAACGCUGGCGGGUGAGUGCCGAGCAGUCCAAGGCGGAGUCCGCACAGCGCGCUCUGGAGGAGCAGAGGAAGGCCAUGGUCCAGCAGGUCGCCAUGGAGCGGGAGGAGCUGGAGAGGGCCAAGAGUGCCUUGCUGGAGGAGCAGAAGUCCGUCAUGCACAAGUGUGGAGAGGAGCGGCGACGCCUGGCAGCCGAGUGGGCUGAGUUCUCUGCUCAGCAGAAGCUGAGUAAGGAGCGGGCCGAACGUGAGGCAGAGCGGGUGCUGCAGGUGGACACCCAGCGGGAGGGCACCCUCGUCAGCCUGGCCAAGGAGCAGGCAGAGCUGAAGAUCAGGGCAAGCGAGCUGCGGGCCAAGGAAGACCAGCUGGCAGCCGAGAGGGAGGCUCUGGAGCGGGAGCGGCAGGAGCUGCGGCUGGAGAAGGAGAGGGUCAGCGCCGCCGCCCUGCGCACCAGGCUCCGUGCCGAGGAGGUGGAGAGCAUGAGCCAGGUGGCCUCGGAGAAGUAUGAGGAAGGGGAGCGGGCACUGCGUGAGGCCCGGCAGGUGCAGUCAGAGCAGCAGGCCCGACUACGGCUGGUGCAGCAGCAGCAGGAGCAGCUGCGGCAGCAGGAGCAGCACAUGCAUCAGGAGCUUCUGAGUCUGGCCCAGCAGAGGCUGCAGCUGGACCGUGUCCGACAGGACCUGCCCUCUGGCCCCGUGGGGCUGCUGCCCAGGACCCAGGACCCCGCAGCCUCCCGCCUGAGUGCCUUUUCAGCCAUCAUGGCUCCUGCUCCCACCCCUCAGUACAGCCAGCCGCCGGCCAGCCUGGGCCCCUCGUACCUCCACGCCAAGCUGGUGCUGCUGAAACACACAGCUGAGCAGGACCGCGACUUCUUGGAGGAUGAACAGUUCUUCCUGGAGACCCUGAAGAAAGCCUCCUACAAUAUGACAUCACAUUCAGCCUGAAGGGCCUUGCUGCCUCCGUGGUAGAGGCCACAGACCUGAGGACUCUCUCCCACUGCCCCGCAGGCCGCCAGCUCUGGGGAAGGGGUGCCCAGGGCCUGAUUACAGCUCUUCCUGCAGACGGGGUGCAAGCGUUCUUUCUGAGCGCUCAAGCCCGUGGCUCAGGCAGGCAGGUGCCCCUGUGCCUCUAGGGCUCAGGGCACAACAACCUCUGCGGAGACGCGACACCGAGAGUAUCAGCCCUCCAACACUGUCAGCCACAGCUUUGGCUUUCCUGCCCACAGAGGUCCAGCCCAGAUCCGAGGGGCUGACUGGGCUCUGUGGAUCCCUCCCCUCCUCGUCUUGGCGGAGGGUUUGGGGAUCUUUGUUCUGGGCCUCUUCUGAGGGAUGCCCCGAGCAGCCCCCUGCCCUCCCUGCAAGAGACGGCACAGGUCUUCUCCCUGAUGGGGACACAGAGUUGGGCCACACAUCUGAAGGGCCUUCUAGCCUCCUGGCCAAGGAAGUGGGAAGUGUUGCGGGGGCAGUGAGCUGCCAUGCCCAGCCAAGUUCUGUCUCGCAGUCUGCCCUGCCGUUGGGACUCAGCCAGCCCUUCAUGCGCUCAGCUUGCCUCACGCCAAGUCCCUGCCCCGUUCCCAGCUGCCUGAGGCACUGAUUAGCUCGCACAGACACUGACCUCAUUGGCUUCUUCUAAGAGACUCCCCAGAGGCAGGAGUGGGGGACUCUGGGUGACGGUGGGGGUGUGGGGAGGGACAGGAGAGAAGGCUUCUGUCUGUGCUGUUCACCUGCCAUAGCUCAUCAGAGUUUGUACUUAAAAAUGUUUGCUCUGUAGCACUGUAUUUGCUGUACAAUUGGCCGGGACCCUCCAGCCCUACAAUCCCCUUGCCUGCUGCUGGACCACAGCCAGGAGAAGGGAGUGCCUAUCACCCCUGCUUCACAGAUGAAGAGACAGGCUCAGUCUCAGUAAUCUGCCCAAGGUGGCAUAGCAAAUACCACAGCCUGGGUUUGGGUUCUUCUUGGGCAGAUCCCAAAGCCCCAGGCUCUCAGCCACAUCACUCUGCUGCCUCCUUCUAGAAGGGCAUGCUAUGCACAGUGCUACUGUGAAGUAGAUGUCCAAGCUGCUGCCUGGGUUGGUGCCCACACUGAGGAGGGAAGCAUCAGGGGUCCCAGUAGAAGCCUUGUUGAAGCUUGGGAUUCGGUCCUUCUCAACAGUCGCUCUCUGAGUUCCCACCUGUGCGAAGAGCUGGAGGGUUCUAAGGAUGGGCACAGUCUGGGCGCCACUGGCACUUAAGCAGUCACCCGACAGAUGUGUGGGUGAUCGCAGCACAUGCUGGGCGGGUGCAGCGAGGUCCCCAGGGAGCUUGGCCUUCAGGACAGAAAUGAGUUUAGAAUUAGGGAGCAGGUCCUUACAGCUGGGUCUAUCUUGUGGCAGAGUUGACCUUUUAUCUUCAGGGCAGUGGGUAUUCACUGAAGGGUUUUAAACAGGGUGGGGCCAUAUUUGCAUUUUGGAAAACCCAUUGUGGCUGUGAGUGGAGGACACAUCCGAGGGAGCAAGAUCGGGGAGAGGGAAGCUGGCAGAAGGUUGCUUGCAGAGGUGCUGGGGAGGCUGAGGACAGCAGUGUACCGGGUGUGGCAGUGAGGGCUCACAGGAAAGCGACCCCACAGGACCUGGUACCUGACAUGGAGGGCCAGGAAGGAAGACAUGUCAAGGAGGACCCCCGGCUUUCUGGCUUAGGUAACUGGGUGGUGUCACUCAGAUGACACCAGUGCCCAUGAAACAGCCAAGUGGAGACGGUCCACAGGCACUCGGUGCCUGUAAUUGCUCCGUCACUGUCCCUGGCAGUGUGGCAGGUAUCUUAUCCCCUUACAUCAACUUUCUCCCGGGCCGCGGAGGUGGAGGGCUGCACACAGGCAUGAGUGUUGCGUGUCUGCUGGUCUUUCUUUUUCCCUUCAAAAUUAUGAUCUCAAAGUCAGAACCCAGAUGCUUAAUUCAGUUGCCUGUAGAGAGAGAAAUACUGGUGGAAAGUAGCAAUGAUGAAAGCCUGGCGGGGCCAUUACUUCCAGUUUCAAGAGUUUUGUUUGUUAUUUGCUUCAAGUUGAUAAGUGUGGGAAUCCGUGCAGGGCCUUUCAAACAAAGUCCAAGCGAGCCCCACACUUAGAGCGUUCUGGCACAACGAGAGAACAAGAACAUUUGUAAAAAGUGAGGACUAAUGGGGAAAUAAGAGCCACGUGGUGGACCUGCAGGACUCUGCCCCCAGAGGGCCUGUGUGCCUUCAUUUUUAGAGGGGUGGCCUGGGUGGGUGAGGCACGGAGAAGAGGAUUCAGAAACAAAAGGUAAAUAGGAAAGGAAGCCAGGUGCAAACACACGCAGAACACUGAGAAGCUAUGAACCCUGUUCUGGGCACAGUCAAGUCUGCCCACAGCCUUCAGUGCUGCCGGGCAUUCAGGAGUGUUUCACAAGUCAACAAGCAAUGCCUCCUUAAGGGCAGCACUGGGUCUCACUGGCCCUAACACAUAGUAGUUGCACGCUGAUGGGUGAAUUGGCAGUGAUGGUAAGAGGUUUAGCUAUUUCGCUGCUGUUUAUGAAAAACAAGUUCAAGGUGUGGCUACUUCCUGCUGGAUGGAGAGCCGCAUCAUCCCGUUUUAGUGUGAGGGUCAAACUUCUGCUAGUACCAAAGCAACUGACUGGUCACUAGCCCUUGCUUGGGACAUCAGGGAAGGCUUCCUGGAGGCACCACUCUCCAGGGGCUGAGAGGUAGUCAGGCCACAGGAGGAAAGGGGAAGAGUGGAAGGCAGAAGUGACAGCAUGUGCAAAGGUCCUGUGCCCCAGGGAACAAAGUGCUGAGUAAGUGGUUUGGUGUCAUGGAAGCUUGAGUUCAGAGGGGCCAGAGUAGAAGGGGGCCAGAUCACCUGGGGUACAAUAUCUAUCUUGUUAGAACUGGGUUUUAAGAGCAACACAUCCCUGGAAGGGUUUAGGCAGACAUUGUCUUUUUUUUCAAGACUGGCACCUGAGCUAACAACUGUUGCCAAUCUUCUUUUU